GCAUCAGCGAGAUCUGGCGCGACGACGAUGAGCUCGACGCCAUUCGCGUCCACGCCGCCACGGCAGUGAUGCUCGUUUUCUCUGCCUUCGUGCUGGAAAUAGGCUUCCUUGGGACAGGACUUCUCUUCGGACAAACCGACGACGCGGGCCUUAGCGGACGUAUGGCGAACCAUCGAGUCGUGGACUCGCUCCUGACGCUCUUUGAGUACGGCCUGAAGCUGGCUUGUGGGAUGUGCAUUUGGAAGAUGCCCAGCGUGGUGCACAUCGAUCAUUUCGCAGUCGGCGGGCCGCGGCCAGUAUAUUUUCUGCGGUUCGCACAGUGGUCCUUGGCCGUCCCGACUCUGGUCUUGAUCUCCAACAGGGCGUUUCUCGCCGAGCUGGGCUUUCGCGCCACGUUCCUGCGGUCACUGCCCUCCUUAGUCCUUGUCUUCUUCUCGAUCUGGCUCGCCUGGCUAAUGGAGGUGACACCGGUCUAUGCAUGGAGGUGGCCACUUCUCGCGGCCAGCGGCCUAGCCUUCGUCUUGGCUGAAGUGGACCAAGUGCGACUCUGCUGGCAGUGUCGACAUCUGGAGCUUCACGGUAUGAAGACUUGCAUGGUGAUCUAUCAGGUGCUGACCUUCGUGUUCUACACCAUUGUUUUCCUCAUGGGCCGAUUCGGGUUCGUUGGUCUGCAACUGGAGCAGUACAUCUACGCCUACUGCGACUCGACAGUCAAGGUGCUGCAGGGUGCCCUUCUGGCACUCAUCCGCGGCUGUGAGGACGCACAGACGAUCCACCUCUGGUACGCAGAAGCCGUCGCAUACAAGAAGGACUUUGAUGCCAUACUGAAGAUGGCGCACGUGCCGAUCUUUGCCAUUCGCACAGACCGCACCAUCACGAGAGUGAACGAGUCUGCGGUGGAACUGCUUGGACUGAGCAGUGGGAGCGAUGUUCUCGGCAAGGACCUGAACGAUCUCCUUGUCCAGAGCAGCAAGGAGGCAAUUUCUCGUUCUCUGGAGAAGAUGCGAAAGGAUCAGUGGAGGAACGGUUCGGGACUCUUCGAGGUGACCUUCCGGCAGCCAAGUUCAGAGAAGGAAGCCUUUCUGCUACUAAACCUGGUCCCCAUUGACUUGGAGGUUGAUGGUGUGCCCCAGUCGAUAGUGGCCAUUGGCCAGGACCUGACGGAACUCUCGGAGCUCAAAAGCGUGGAGGAGAAGAAGAGCAGACUAAUGGCCGUGGUCUCCCAUGAGCUGCGCAGUCCUCUCCACGGCAUGAUUGGACUCUCCACCGGCAUGAUCGACGUCGUGAAGACCGAGGGUCUGAAAAGGCAGCUCGGCAUGGUCCGGAGUUGCGCCGUGCGACUGCUGGACCUGGUCACGAACAUCAUGGACCUCGCGGAGUCUGAUAAGCGCAAGAAGAGCGCAGAGACCCUGGCGGUGAUGCGGCAGAAGGUGAACUUCCUGUCCCUCGUGGAGGAGGUCGUUGUCAUGAGCCGACAUGCCGUCGACAAGGCGAACAAGCCUCUGAUCAAGACAGGUGUGGAGCUCCGAAACCUCGUCCGGGACAUGGAGCGUGUGCCGGUGGUGUUGGGAAACCCAUACAAGUUCACGCAGCUCGUGUACAACUUAGUGACCAAUGCCUGCAAGUUCACGAAGCAGGGCUCUGUUUCAGUGUGCGGGAAGUAUCUCGAAGACAAGUCGAUUCUGGAACUUUCCGUGGUGGACACAGGCUGUGGCAUCUCGAAAGAGGCCCAGGAUCGAAUCUUCAAGCCCUUCGAACAGGAGCACAGCAACAGCGGUGACUCACGAAACUUCCAGGGCAUGGGCCUGGGCUUGGCCGUCUGCUGGGAGAUCGUGGAGCAGCACGGAGGAUCCAUCCGCGUAGAGUCCGAGAUCGGCAAGGGUUCGAGUUUCAUCGUGUCCCUGGCCUGCCAGAAGGACGAGUUUUGCGAUCCUGUGUGUGAGGUUCCGGAGUUGGACAAGCCAAGUGACGAGCCAGUCCCCGUGAAGACCCCGCCGGCAGUUCCUCCGAUUAGGCGGCCGCGACGAGCCAGGCCGCUUAUCCUCUCCGUAGAUGACGACGAGGUCAACCAAGAGGUAAUCAGAUCGUCGCUGCAGAAUGACUACGACAUUGUGUGCUGCAUGAGUGGGCCGUCUGCACUCCAAUGGCUCGAAGAGCAGCACCGGAAGAAGGAGAUCUUGCCAGACAUCGUACUCCUGGACAUCCAGAUGCCUGGCAUGACUGGAGCCUUGGACUUAUCCCAUGGCGGAACAUGA